AUGUCCGACACCUGCAUUGUCUGUUUAGGAGACCUUGGCGAAAGCGCCAGUGAUCCCGCCGAACCCGUGCCAAGACCUAGUCUCCACGAUGCUACAGUCAAGGAGGGUCUCGAUGAGGAUCCGGGUCAGAUCGCUCAGUUAUUACCAUGCGGUCACAUCCUGCACGAUAAUUGUCUGAAGCCAUGGGUGGAGCGAGCGAACAGUUGCCCAAUAUGUCGUCGUAGCUUUAACAUGGUGGAGCUUAGCGACCGUCCGGGAGGUCUGGUCACCUCCUCCUACGCCGUCCAAGAUCGAGUGCAGGUUGCUGAAAUCGAUCCGACCAUGAUGAUCGACUAUAUCGAGGAUGACCUCACUGACUCCAUUCCGUGCACAAUAUGUGGCGAAGCGGACAAUGAGGAUGUGUUGCUUCUCUGUGAUGGAUGUGAUGCCCCUUCUCAUACAUACUGCUUAGAGUUAGAUGAAAUCCCAAGCGGGUCGUGGUAUUGCUCAUCAUGCGAGUCCCAGCGGGCGCUUGGGCCCGCUCCUGGAGUGUCUAGUCGCCCCGCUCGAACAAAUGAGGGGACACGGCGAACCCGAGGUCAACGACGUCGACUCCAGAGCCGGAAUCAGGCCAACUCGCUGCACUGGGCCCGGGUAUGGCAGUCUGUCUGGGACCAUCUCAAUAUCGACCUGGACUUCCCAUUUGACGAUGAUCGCUCCACCCAACGGAUGAUGCAACAGCGUCGUCGGGAAGAAGCAAACCAGCGUGAAUUUCGAGCAUGGCAACGUCGUUUCGAGGUCGCCGAGCGACAAGGAGGAGGCAGUCGGUUUCGGGAUACCGCUUCACUCUUCGAUAUCGAGCCUGCUAGACAAUCUCGACCUAGGGUUCCCAGAGUGCCAACACCAGAGCCAGAGUCAUUGGAGGAAAUGCGGGCUUGGAAUGCAUUUGAAAGGGCUCGCGAAAUCGAGAACAACCCCAAUGCUGCCCGCAAGCGCAAAGAACCGACCAUGUCUCCAUCACCUGAACCGUCGGAACCUCGUCGGAAAUUAAAAAGGCCACGCACAAGGCGACCGCAGGACCUCGCUGCCAUGGCUCACCAAACUGGAGAAUCAUCCAGAGCUGCGAAUUCAAGUGCGCGAGUUAACGGCGAUAUCGUCGGUGGGCCGAGCUUCUUGUCGUCUCUCUUGAAGGAAGUGGAAGAUGCAUCCACACCUACGAAUGCUGCAAAUAUUGGACCCUCGGCCGCAGCAUCUGUGGCCCCUACCGAUCAUGGUACCCCUGGUCCAUCCUCUCCAUCUAUCUCCCCCAUUUCUUCCAGCCACUCCUCCCCCCAAUUGGCAUCCACCACUCCACCUUUUUCCCGCAGUCGACCCAUCUCUCCCCUUCAGCUCUCCUCCCCAGCUGAACCUUCCUCGCCUCCAUUCUCCCCCGAGCUCUCUUUCUCCGGUACCCCCGACGCCUCUCCCACUUCAGACGAUGCCGCACCCCGACGCGAAGCGGCUCGACCACGCUCACGCAUUCCCCGACGAGCUCUCGAGUUAGCUCAAUCUCGAUCCUCAUCUGAUGUAUCACCCAGCCGGAAUGGCCCUUCCCUUGCCGUUAAAUCUGCCAUUCAGAAGAUGGUCGGCACUUCACUGAAGCCCCACUACCGCGCAAAAAUGGUGACCAAAGAGCAAUACACUGAGAUCAACCGAACCAUUUCCCGAAAGCUCUAUGAGCGCAUCGGGUCUGUUGAGUCGCUCAAUCUCCAAUCUCGGCUUGACCUAGAACAACUUGCAAAGCGCGAAGUGCAGAGCACUGUAGAUUCUCUACCCAACCACCGCAGAAAGGAUAAGCAGCCUAUGAUGGCAUCUGACAGCGAUGGCGAUAUACAAUGA